CAUUUAUUUUAUCGCUAUCUCACGAUAUCUAGAAAUUUGCAAUUAUCGACAAAAAUGUAAAUAUUAAUAAAUAAUAGCCAAUAGUCUAUUACUCACCUUUAUUGGCUAUAUUAUGUUUAGGUUUAUUGUGACUGUACAUUUUAUGGUGAUUUAGUUUAUUUUACUGAUUUGAUUUGUUCUACACUUCCAAGUUCUAGUCUAAUCCCUUCCCUCCGGAGUAAUAGAUGCAUUAGUGUAAGGACACCAGACGUGUACGUGCAUAUACGUACCUACGAUGGAAGAAGACAAAGACAAGUCGCCGGAAGACAAUAUCCCUUUGGCAGACGAUGACCCUCAAGCCAUUAUCCAUGAUGACCAAGACAUAUCUCAAUGUUCCGAUGUCAUUGUACGCAAUCAAAGUAUGGAUUCAUUACAGUCAUCAUUUACAAACGGUAGUAAUAGUCCAAGCAGAAACAGUUUAGAUCGUGAUAUGAGUCCUGAUGAAUUAGAAGAAAAAGCCAGACUUAUUACACAAGUCUUAGAACUACAAAACACAUUAGAUGAUUUAUCUCAACGUGUGGAUAGUGUAAAAGAAGAAAAUUUGAAACUACGAUCUGAAAAUCAAGUUCUUGGCCAAUAUAUUGAAAAUCUGAUGUCUGCGUCUAGUGUGUUCCAGACUACUUCACCAAGAGUGAAAAAGAAAUGAAAAAUAGAUUAUUAUUUUUAUUUGCUGCCAUACAAAAAUGCAAAUUAAUUUAACCUUAAUGCAUACAAUACGCACAAAGCUUUCUCGUCAUAGAUUUGAACUCUUUCUACUUUAACCUUGAAUCUAUACAACAAACUGAUUUUAAAAGUUAUUAAUUUAUUGUCACUAUUUACUAUAUAAAAUCUAAGUUAACAUUUUUUUAAUUUUUAAUACAGUUAUACUAGACUCUGUUUGUUGAAACUAAUAAUUUAUUGAACAAGUUAAUUUUUUAUCUUAUUCUCAUUAUAUCUACUUAAGGAGAAUAAUUUACAAAAAAAAAAAAAUGUAUAAAGUGUUUCUAUCUUAUUUAUGUUUUAUUUUGAAUUAUUUUAAGUUAUAACACAUUCCAUUCAUACUUAUAUUGUAUGUUCAAUAUAUUGAUAUGAAAAUAAUUUUAUUUUUUUAUGAUUUCCCAUUAUGUACAAACAGCAUAAGCUAUUAAAAAUAAAGUAUGUAUCUCAUUAUCAGUAUUUAAUUAAUAUUAUUUAAAUGUAGGUGUUUACUCAACAUUUUAGAUUAUUGCUUUAGUUUUUAAUGUUAAUUUAUUAUAAUUGUUAUUACCUGAAAUUAUAGAAGUCUAGAUUUAAAUUUAAACAUCUUAUAUUUGAUAUUGUCUAAUUUUACCAUGAUAUACUGAUAACUAUAAUACUCUGUUCCCAAAGAUGACAAUCUGUAUUUACAUUUUACGUAUCGUGAAUGGGCGAUUUGCACAUUAAGAACCACUUAAUAAUGCUGACACCAAUUAAGCGGUGGGGGAUGCACAGUACUGGAUAAG